AUGAGCCAAACAAAAUUAAAAAUAGAGUGCCAACCAAAAGAAUUUGAUGUAAUAAGUUCCAAGAAUUUGUGUUUUGCUAAUAACUAUGCUGUAGAAAUCUAUUUACUACUACUUUCAUUCAGUAAUUUAGCCUAUUAUAUAUAUAAUGAAUCAUCCUCAUAAUUUAUGCUCAUCAAAUUUAUAUUAACAUCAUGUCUCACCUUAAUAGCAAUUGUCCUAUAAAAGAGGCUUGAUCCAAAUAUCACAAGAUUUAUUAAAUUUAUUUGUGAAAUAGUUUCAAUCAGUUAAUUAAUAUCGAAAGACGAAUGGAAUUGUUUAGCCAUUCUCUCACUAAUAUUUGAUAAGGGAAUUUUAUUGAAAAACCAGGAAAUUUAUACUUAUUUAUAUGAUUAUCUCAUUCUCAAGGUAUUGGGGUUAACUUAUGCAUCACUCUAUUGGAACAACUAAGUUUUGAUUAUAAUUAUAUGCAAUUCUAUUGUUCUUGAGAUUUAUUAAAUUCUGUUGUUAUAUGUAACAAAUAAGCAAACUCAACAAUAAAAAUUGGAGAAUUUUCGAAAAGGAUUUUCUGUUAGAAGUGAGAAAAUAAAUAGUGAAAACAUAAAUUUAGUUGAUAACUAGAUGAAAAACGAAGAAAUUACCAAAAAUGACAUUUUCAUGAAAUUCCAAGACCAAAACAAUAAUGAAAAUUUAAUCAAUACUGAAGAACAUUGGAUAAAGAGAAUGCAUGCAAUACCAAUCUCCAUUAUUAUUCUUAGCAAAAAGUCACUCACUAUUAAAUUUAAGAAUUAGACAGCCAGGAAGAACUUUAAUACCUUAUGUUACAAUGACAAUGAAAUAAAUGAUUUAAUUAUGAAUAAAUUGGAGUUCACACUAUUGGAGGACAGUUUAGAAAUGCUCAAGAACUCAAGCAGCUUUAUUAUUAGAAAAUAAUUUUUGAAUAAACCUGUUAAUCAAUCUUAUUCAAGUCAAUUUGAUAUAGAGAAUUUAAAAAAGUUAACUCUCUCCAAGAUUUCACAGAACUUCUUGAAUGGUGACUAUCAUAAUCUCAUGAAACCAAAUACUAAUUCUAUUGAUUUAUACUGCCACUAGAUUUUGGAUUCAUAACAGUUUUAAAUCAAUGGCACCAUUUUUUAUAGCAAUGGAGACGAUGAAUUAACAAUUAUACUAUCAGACAUCUCUAAAUAAAUGCAAUUGUAGCAGUUCAUAGUCAAGGAUGAAUUUUAAAAGAAAGUCAUAGAAUCACUCUCUCAUGAACUCAAAACCCCAUUAAACAGUUCAAUUAACUUUAUUAAAUCUGCCAUAGCUGAUGAUUAAUUACCAUUGUGCAUUAAGAAAUAAUGUUUAGAGCCAGCGUCAAUUGCCUUGUAGUUGCAAUCGUAUAUUAUCAACGAUGUCAUAGACUUUUCAUAAUUCUAUAAUAAUAGUUUAGAUGUUUGUGUCAAAGAAUUUGAGAUAAAGGAUGUAAUUAGCGAAAUAACAAGCAUUUUUAAUUUGUAGUUCUAAAACAAAGGUUUGAACUUUGUGAUAGAUCUCACUAAGAAUACUUCUACAAAUAUGUCAACUGAUUAUAAUAGGCUAAUGUAAAUCUUAGUAAACGUGCUCUAAAAUUCCUUAAAAUAUACCUAUAAAGGUGGAGCAAUUCUCAAAAUUAAGAAUUUAGAAGAUGAUGUAAUAUCAUUUUCUGUUUCUGAUACAGGAAUAGGUAUUAAGUCUGAAAUGACUAAAAAAUUGAAUACUUAUGUGAAUCAAGUUGAGAAUUUAAGACAUUUUUCAAAAUUGAAAUCUUGGAAUGGGAUUGGAUUGCUUAUUUCAAGUAUUUUGCUACAUUAAUUGAACCCUUAAUUAACAGAAACAUUUAAGAUAAAAUCUAAAUUAUCUGAAGGCACUAAGUUUAAAUUUAAAAUUAAGUAAAUAUUAAUAGAUGAUCACAAUAACAACACUGAUGAUAUAUCUAGAAGAAAGUCUGUUAAAUUUAGAAGGAAUUCAAAAAAAAAUUGUCAAACUAAUCUAGUUGGAACACUUAUCUUUGUAAAUGAAAGUGCAUUCAAUACUUAAAAUCUAGGAUUAAAUAGUAAGCCAAGACCUAAUUAAAAUAAAAAAUUGAAAGGAAGUACUGAUUAUGAUCAAGAAUCUGUCGAAUCAAACAAUAACUACUAGAAUUUAUCGGACUAAUAUUUAUAACUAUAGAAUUAAGAACAUAAUUUUAUCCUCAACAUAAUCGAUAAAAAAAAGCUUAGCGGAUCUUUUGAACAACAAUCUAUUAAGUCAUCAUCAUUGAAAUCAAAAAUCCUUAGUUAUAGUCAGUUGAAAAUAAUGGAGAGAUAAAGCAAUGAUUCUGCAUUAGAAUACUUUAAGAAAAAUUUAAGUUGUUAAUGCAGAAGGAUUAUGUCUGUCGAUGACGAAAUCUUCAAUUAGAAUUCAAUUAAAUUGUUGAUUGAGAGAUACGGUUUUGAAGUGAUCAUUUUUAAGUCUUAUAAUGGUUUAGAGGCGAUUUCAGUAAUAUAGUCACUACAAAAGUGUUCUAAGGAAUGCGGAUUGUUGAAUCUAAUCUUGAUGGAUUAUUCGAUGCCUGUUAUGGAUGGUAUUUAAUGUACUAUCCAAUUAAAGAAAAUGAUGAAAGAGAAAAUAAUACCGAAUAUCAAUAUAAUAGGAUUAACAGCAUUUACUAGUAAAUUGGAAGUUGAAAGUUGUCUGAAUGCUGGAAUGCUGGAAGUACUUUUCAAACCAUUAAAACUCAAUGAUUUCUGUGAGCUACUAACAUUAUUAUGA